CCAAGCUGUGCUGGAAAUCAUUAAAAGUCUUGCUUGCCUGCCAGCGUGCAAAGACAAGAGGGAAAAGACUGAGACAGGUUUUCUCGCCCUUUUCUGGUCAUCCUAAUCCUUCGUUGCAUGUAUCAGGACCACCAAGCUCAAGAGUGGACUUUAUCCCAGCUUGCCAGGUCAAAAACUUCAACGUGUGAUACAGUUGACACCUGGACUCAAGAGGGACAAGAAGCCGAAUUAUCUGACGUUCCACACUGGAGGACACCUGGAUGCCUUCUCGCCAAAGACGCAUGAUAAAGAGGAAGGCUGCUGUGGUGUCUGAACUGCAGCCUGGAUAGAGGGCAGAAGACACCUGUAGACAGUCGUUCAGUUUGGGAGGACCAUAACUAGAAUUUAUUUCAUGAGGGAAAUGCCUGGAGCUACUGACCACGCACAAAAAUCUAGAACAGAAGGAGAAAGAUUGAUCUGUUAUGAAUGAGGAAAGGGGGUACUGACUGGGAAGAGUCCCACAGAUGGGCUUCCAGUUGGGACAUUGACUUGGUUAAUAAUCUACCACGACUUCUUGGAUCCUGAAGUCCCAUCAUGAACGCCUGGAGGCUCCGACCAAAAUUCGAUUUUGCAUUGUGAGAAUAAUUCUUGCUCUGAAGAACCUGUAAAUAAGAGGAACACACACACAUAAAAAAAAAGGAAAUGCCCUGAAAUACUUAAGAAAGACGACGGGAUUAUUGGCAACUACCAUAUUUUGUGCAAGAAUCCUCAAAACUGUUUUACUCCAGUUUAAUUAAGUGGACCAUCCUCUCCAUUUCAUUCCUCUGGUCCUUCUCAUGUGAGUGAAACAGAUGGAGCACCUGUGUAAAUCCACAACAUGGCUGCGGGAUGAGCUGGACUCUCCUGCUCAAAAUGUUCGUAUCCUGGACUGUCGUAGCAGGGAACUUUACGACUCCUCACACGUGGAGAAAGCCUUGCAUGUAGCUCUGCCUGGGCUGAUGUUACGACGACUACGCAAAGGCAACCUUUCUGCCCAUUCCCUCCUUCCCGGGUCUCCUCCUGUUGUAAGGGAAGUGGCCAUUUUGUAUGAUGAGUGCACUGCCAGCCUCCCAGGGAGAAUGGGCGUCCUGUCGGAGGAACAGGAACCAGUUUUGGUGACCCUACUCCAUAAGCUUAGGAAGGAAGGAUGUCAAGCCUACUACUUACAAGGUGGCUUCAGUAAGUUCCAGGCUGAAUUUCCUCACCAUUGUGAAACCAACCUAGACUCUACCAGUUGUGCCAGCAGCUCACCUCUGCCACCAACUCCAGUGCUUGGACUAGGAGGCCUUUGCAUUGCUUCUGACUGCUCCGAUGUUGAGUCUGACCUUGACCGAGAGCCCUUGAGUGGGAUAGACUCUGAAGGCAUGAGUCCACGCAACCAGCCCCCGUCCUUCCCUGUGCAAAUUCUGCCACAUUUGUAUCUGGGCAGUGCUAGAGAUUCUGGGAACAUAGACACUCUAGCCAAGCUUGGUAUUCGCUAUAUCUUGAAUGUUACCCCAAACCUACCCAAUAUUUUUGAGAAGGACGGAGACUUCCAUUACAAGCAGAUUCCCAUAUCGGACCACUGGAGUCAAAACUUGUCUCAGUUUUUUCCAGAAGCCAUUGAGUUUAUUGAUGAGGCAGCUUCCCACAACUGUGGGGUACUUGUGCAUUGUCUGGCAGGUAUCAGUCGAUCAGUCACUGUCACCGUCGCCUACCUCAUGCAGAAGCUCAACCUGUCCCUCAACGAUGCCUACGAUUUUGUUAAGCGCAAGAAAACCAAUAUCUCUCCCAACUUUAACUUUAUGGGCCAGCUGCUGGAUUUUGAGAAAAGCUUGGGACUCAGUAGCCCUGAGGACAAUCGGCCAUCUGGCCACACCUUCUUCACAAGUCCAUCCAGCGAUGAUGUCUUCGAGCUGGACUCUUUGGACUCCACGUAGUAAAAUUCUUUGAGGGCUAUGCUAUACGUUUUAAGCUAUUAUCUUUUACGGGCCUAAAGGGCUCACAUAGAGGGAACAUCUGCCGAUUCGUUGCAGACAAAAACGACGAUGCUAAGUCUAAUAUCUAACGUAAAACUGGAAGGGGAAAAGCAAUGUAUUGGAUGAAUAUUCCCAAGUCCACCAUGGUGUUACUGGAGAUAUAUCCUUCAAAGAAUUUUGAAGAAGGCGAUCGAAAUGCAGGACAAAAAAUGAGAACCAAAGCAUAUAAACCGAAAGAUAACCUUACAGUAGACUCUUCUAGACUUCUCACCGAGGACCAGCAUCAAAACAUUGUAGCCUACACCGGUAGAUGUCAGCCGGUAGACUAUCAGUACUAUGCUUUCCCUUCCAGCAUCAUAUGGGUUAGUAUUGUUCUAUGAACUGAUUCACUCUUUUUUUUAAUUGCUGAAUUUCAGAGCGGAGGCAUCAGAUGUUCUAAAUGAAGUCUACUCAACUGGGAAUAGAAGCUCCGACCAAGAACGUAUCAUGUUCCUCUUUGAAAUGGAUCACGACAAGGACUGACUCACUUAUUUUGCUUGAUUGGAAUGAUAAAUCCUGUGAAUUGUGGAGUUUUAGAAAGUGAAGGAGCAGGUGGUGAAUAUACAUGAUCCAUCUGGUACCCACGUACGAUGAUCAGACUUGGCUCUUCGCUGCACAGGAGAAGUCCAGGCCAGUCAGGCUUGGGCCUAAACAUGCAAAGCCAUGUGUUUCUUUUUUUGACUCUUGUACAGUAUUUCUAUCCUAUGGCAACUUUUAUAAUGAUGCCAUUCUUCUCAGGCCCCUGGCUAUUAUAACUUAACAAAUAUAAAAAAAAAAUUAUAAGAACUCAGGAUUACUUCUGGCAUUUAAAGACCUGAUGUGGGCUGUCAUGCCGUAUUAGAGUAUUACCUAUAAUCCAAAGCCCUGCAGUGCAGGAUGGGAGUCAUCGCUUAGGAGAGUCAUGGAGUUUAGUAAGGUCCAUGUGAAUAAGCUUUUAAAAGAUUUGACCAUAUCGAACAAAAGGAAACUCUAGGUAGAAGGACCACAUUUAUCGAUGCAUCUUUUUUUUUUUUCAAGAUACAGGGACCUUUUAUUUUUUUUACAGAAUAUUUAUACUUUUAUGAUUGCAGAGGACAGAAAAAAAAUGUCCAGUUCUCUCAGCUGCCUUAACUUAGGGGUGAAGAUCUCCCAUGAGUGACCCCUCAAAUGUCAUAGCUGGCCAGUAUGCAUUUAUAGUAGAUGCGAAUGUAUUAAUGUAUCCGCAGCAUAUUACAAAAAAAUGGAGAAGGAUUCUUUAGAGGGGUUUUCAAGGAGUAGAAUAGUGAUGAAAGCCCCAGGAUAGGUCAUUAAUAUUCGAUCAGUGGGGUCCACGCCAACUGAUCAGCUGUUGGAAGAGGCCAAAGCUCUCCUGUGAUCACCGCGGACUCUUCCUAGGCCAAUAAUGCCCCAUUCAUCAGUCACAUUGCCUAGGCACAGCUCAGUCCCAUUCAAUACCAAGCACAGCCACUAUACAAAGUAUGGCGCUGUGCUUGGUAAGCUGUGAGGAGCUGUAAGGACAUCCUCUUCAAGCAGCUGAUCAAUGGAGUGCUCAGUGUCCCCACCGAUCAGAUAUUGAUGACCUAUCUGCACCUUUUAACACCAUGUUGUAUUUGGGUCCAUUAUUCCAACACAUGAUAAAAUUCUGGCUGUCUGCUGUCACCAUUAGGGGGAGCUUGUGAGCUGACUGCAUACUGAGUUAUUAUUGAGUUCAGUGUCUAAUGCCAUAAGCUUUUAAAGGAGUUGUCCUGGCAAUAAUAAGUAUGGGUUAUUUAUUAAAAUUUUUGUAAUAUUCUAUAUUUUAAUUACCAUUCUGCUCUGUAUCUCACAAUCUGAAAACCGGUCACAUGACCCUGUCCACUAUGUAACUAAACAAGACGAUCCUUCCGCCGUUGUCACGUCCAUUGCUCUCUUCUGGUCUUAGAGCAUGCCAAAAACUGAUUUGCUUAAGGGUCAGUAGGUGGUACUGGCAUUCUUCCCCUAGUCACGGCGCAUGCGCUGUUUACAGAGGGCUAAUAGCCUGGACUGGGGAAAAUAAUCUGGCACCACCUAUUGACCACCCAUGCAGAUAAGUAUGGUGGUGACUCUCUGGACCAUAAGACACAAGAGGAGAGCAGUGGAAGUGACGUUGGUGGAAGGACCGUCUUGUGUAGUAGACGGGGUCACUGUAAAUAUUAAAAGGUCUAUAGAAAUUAAAAUUACGCACCCAUAAUUAUUUUUUCCUGAACAACCCACUUUAAUAAGCUCUCCCUAGUGGUAACUAGUGAUAUCUAUAAUUUUGGACCUGCUUAGAUUUCAAGGGCGGACAUUUACUUUACCUGUAUGUACUUCAUUUACAGCCAGGUAAGAGGAAUACCUUGAAAUCAAAUGGGUCCAGAAUUUAGGCCUUCUUAAAGGGAUAACGUCCCUUUAAAAAUGAUAAAACGGGCAGCCUUAUAUGAAAACAGUCUUAGGGAAAAAGUUCACAGCCAGCUGAAAUCUGAUUGGCUGCUGUGGGUCACAAAGCCCCAUUUUUCUGAGUUGGUUUCCGAAGGCGAGGCCCAGGGCGCAGUGACCAAUAUUCACCGCCCUCCAUGUAGUUUUAUCAGAUAUUUUUAUAUAUUUUUUUCCUCUCUUUUUAGAAGCCGCAUGGCUUGUGGUAACGGGUGGGGCCCGCGGGGCCACAGGACUCAAUAUUAAAAUGACUGUUAGAAUCGCUGUUUCGUCCUUUAGUGACAGUGAAUGUCAUCGUCUGGAUGUCACAUUUGAUGUUGUGUGAUCUUAGGACGUGAGGUCAGAAAUACUGCUCUGUACGCUCAUUUAUUGGCCAUAGGAAAGUGUAACAUACAAUAGGCUUCAAGGGGUUAAAUUGCAAUCCCUUUAAAGAGGUUUUCAAGGAUUAGGGUGAAAAAAAAAGGGUCUGCUUUUUUUUUUCCCCAAGAAAUAGCGCCACUGUUGCCCAUGGGUUGUGUCUAGUAUUACAGCUUAUCCCCAUUCUACAGUUGUUUUUUUCUAUCCCUAGACCAUGGUUUGUCUGGUUUGGACAAUUCCUUUUCACCUUUUGCGUCUACCUUGAUCACCCAGGAGUCCCAGGGAUCAGUGGUGGUUGACCACCCCUGAUAAAGGCUGGAAAAUUUAGUGGGGCCGGCCAUCUAUCUGACAUGUAUGGGGGGUGUUCGGGCUCUGCCCAACAUAUGAUGGAUUUCAGCAUGCCUGAUCUUUUGGUUUCACAAGAGAUCAGCCACCUCCAAAGAUGUCUGGCGACGGCCUACUCCCCUCUGCCCACUGAGGACACAUGCAUACUAGGCCAAACCGAGUGUGCAUGUGUAUGGGAGCAGAGUCGGGAGAGAUAGCGGUCGGACGAACGAGAGUUCGGUCAACACCUAUUGAAGAUUUGGGGCCCCUCUUUAUUAGCCAGCAUAGAAGGGCAGCUAGAAAAGGGGUUAUUUAAACCAGACGCCCACACGUGUAAGCUACACAAAAUUCUGCAGUAUUAAUAUUAUUAUUCACAAAGUGCAAACUUAUUUUUUGCAGCUUGAGCGACUUUAGUAAUUUUCCCCAGUUGUGUUGGGGAACAUCGAGGUUCUAGCUAUAGUGUAAUAACCAGUCUACAGCACUAGGAUUUACGGCAGGGCCGCACGCGCAGAGUCCGUGCCGCCAUAUUAUAGUGCCACAGUAACCCUGUCUGCUGCUAUAUGGUGCCUACGUGCAGCAAUGGAUUACAGAGGUAUGAACUAUGGCUUUUAAUUGGCCACAGGUUAUGACUAUUGAAGUUGUGAGCUCCUAGACCUGAAAACCCUUUUAGCCUCGCAGCAAAACUCAUACACCCUGUUGGAGGCGGAGCAUUACACCUAAAACCUAAGUACUGAAUACCUGUGUCAUGCUCCGCCUCCUUAGAACCUGGCCAGAGCCUCUGGUGUAUCGCUCCCGGGAGGUGUCGGGACUGUGUCUCAUCUCGCCUUAGUAACGGCAAGAUGAGACAACCCCUUUAAGCAUGGGGCUCAUCAUUUAAAGGGGUAUUUAAUUGUAGAAAUAUUAGAUCGGUGGGGGUCCCACCAACAGUCAUGAGAACAGGAACACCAAACCCUGUGAGGCCCCAGAUAUGAACUGAGUAGCAGGUAUGGCUUGUAGACUGCUUCUACAUGUAUCUCUGCCGGAGAUAACCCAGUACAGUGCUUGCUACUCCCAACAAGAUGAAUAGAGCGUAGUAGUGGGCAUGCUAAACCUGCUAUUCCAUUCAUUUCAAGAGGAGUCCCACCAGUAGUGGGAGUAACUCCCAUUGAAAUGAAUAGAGAGUAGUAGGUAUGCUCAACCUGCCGCUCCAUCAUUUCAGGGGAACUCCCACCGGUAGAGAGAGUAAUUCCCAUAGAGAUGAAUGGAGAGGUAGUGGCCAUGCUCAACCUGCCGCUCCGUUUAUUUCAAGGGGAGUCCCACCGCUAGUGGAAGUAACUCCUAUAGAGAUGAAUGUAGUGGUAGUUGGCAUGCUUAACCUGCCUGCUCCGUUCAUUUUAAGAGGAGUCCCACCGCUAGUGGGAGUAACUCCCAUAGAGAUUAAUAGAGCGGUAGUGGGCAUGCUCAACCUGCCACUCCGUGCAUUUCAAGGGGAGUCCCACCAUUAGUGGGAGUAACUCCCAUACAGAUGAAUGGAGGGGUAGUUGGCAUGCUCAACCUGCCACUUGGUUCAUUUCAAGGGGAGUCCCACCGCUAGUGGGAGUAACUCCCAUAGGGAUGAAUGGAGCGGUAGUGGGCAUGCUCAACCUGCCACUCCGUGCAUUUCAAGGGGAGUCCCACCGCUAGUGGGAGUAACUCCCAUAGAGAUGAAUGGAGGGGUAGUUGGCAUGCUCAACCUGCCACUCGGUUCAUUUCAAGGGGAGUCCCACCGCUAGUGGGAGUAACUCCCAUAGAGAUGAAUGGAGGGGUAGUGGGCUAGCGCAACCUGCCACUAUGUUCAUUUCAGGAGGAGUCCCACUGGUAGUGGGAGGAACUCUUAUAGAGAUAAAUAGAGAGGUAGUGGGCAUGCUCAACCUGCCGCUCCAUCAUUUCAGGGGGAGUCCCAUCGGUAGAGGCAGUAACUCCCAUAGAGAUGAAUAGAGCGGUAGUGAGCAUGCUCAACCUGCCGCUCCAUCAUUUCAGGGGGAGUCCCAUCGGUAGAAGCAGUAACUCCCAUAGAGAUGAAUAGAGCGGUAGUGAGCAUGCUCAACCUGUCGCUCUAUCAUUUCAGUGGGAAUCCCACCUUUUGUGGGAGUAACUCCCAUAGAGAUAAGUGGAGCGGUACUGGGUAUGCUCAACCUGCUACUCCAUUCAUUUCAGGGGGAGUCCCAGUGGCAGUGCCAUCAGUAGGAACUAAUAGUUAUGCCCUUUCUUGUGGAUAGGGGAUAGCUUGCUACAACCGGAAUACCCCUUUAAUGGUCCUCUUUUAAAUGAAUAAAGCCUUAAUUAUAAAAUCACUUGCUGGCACAUGGACAUUACAGAUGACUAUUGGAUCAUUAAAUCCCAUGUACUUCAGAAAAAAUAGCUUGUUACAAAGACUUGAUGUUCUUAUCCCAUGCUCAAAAAGUGACGCAGACACAGUCAGUGGUGACACAAUGCUGCGGAGUCACCUGACAGCGCUGCAGAUGUCCUCAAUGAGUCACAGCCAUUAAACAUUCCCUUAUUUUCAACUUCUGUGCAUUGUAGGCAAUAACCAAAGAUAAAACGUUUGAGCUGAAUAAUCCCAUCCCCCGCCAUCGGACCUUCACAAAUCUAUCCUUUUAAGCGUGAGAUUUACAGUAUAAUCUUUUUAUUUGAUGAGGUAAAGGACCAGUCAUAGUUUAAUGCAGUCAACACAUUAGGCUGAGCCGAGGACUGGGAACAAAUAAUCAUGCGAUCAGUCAUCCUCGAUAAUUGACCUGGGUAAAGGUGCUACUGUUCACCCGACAAAUCAGAAAAACGCUUAUUAGUCGGCUGAUCGCAUCUUUCAUGAGGUCCUAAAAUCGUUGCUGGUGGCCAGCACAUUGCCCUGUGCAUUUGAAAAAUGAAUGGGGGGCGAAUGAUCGCCAUUACAAUCAUUCGUACCCCUUUCACUUGGCAUCGGGCCAUGUGAAAGGCACGUUACACGAGCACCAAGAGAAUUGGAUACGGUCGAUCGGUGCUCAUUUUUGGACCUGCAUCUGGCCAUGUAAGACUGCCCUAAGAUUAUUUCUUAAUCUAUUUAUGAAGCUGUCUGCAGAAGAUGUGGAGCAAGGACAACCUAAACCAGCUCAUGGAGGCAGACAGAAAUUUUGACUUGAGCUUUUUGUGUGUCUGCUAAAGAGAUUCAGAUGUUAAUUUUGGAUUCUGGAUUCUGACACCAGCCACGGGGGAGGUGGGGGGUGGAAAUGACCCAAUAUGACAUCAUCUAUGGCACCAAGACAAAAGCAAUAUCAGUCAAUCAAUGUCAUACAAAAUUAGGUGGACCAGUAAUGGACAUGUUUGGAAGAUCAGUGAUCAACUGAAGGGUACUGUCAAAGCUGACUGCUUGCCCUAAGCUACAAAUGACAGGAUAUUGCCUAAUUCGGCCAAUUGUGCCUGGUUGAAUUGGACAGUUGGUGCUAUCUCACUUGGCUUUUUGUCCAUAGAGCUAUACAGUGAAGUGGCUAACCAAUUAAGUCAUACGAGACAUUAAAAUCUUCUCAGUAGGGGGUUUUGUUGAGGUUGGAAGACACUCUUGGUUGUUCAUUCUUGGAUGGUGGUUAGAUUUUGUUUGAUCUUUACAAUCUACUGUUUGAACACCAAAGUAAGUGAUGUCAGAGAUCAGCUAACCUCAGCUGCUCUUGGCGCACCUUGGAGGGUGAACCACACGUUGUGGUCAAUAUUAUCAUCCAGUAGUUGACACCAAUCGGAAACCCUUCUGCCUCCAAAGGAAUGUAUGUUUGGACAGUAGGAAUGUGCAAACUAAUGGUGGAAUUGGUUUCAGCAGUAUGGACUUAAAAUGGCCAUAAAUUGUAGCCCAAUAUGACCAGAAGCCUCAGUCAUCACCUAACAGCAAAUGAUCAGAUGGUGGACAAUGUGGACAGAUGAUCAGAUUUAUCUACAAAAGUAUGACUUCCAAAACUACUAUAAUAUUUCAGAAUGUAUUCCAGUAUUUUUUUCCAGCAGUAUUGUUGAUGUCGACAAAUGGUGGUGGACCCUUCCUACAAGUGUCAAUUACAAAAGAGCCUGGUGUAAUGUAGGGUUCUCAGUAUUAGGUCUUUCAUCCGGGUGCUCUGGUGGGAACGAGGUGCUGUACACUGAAGUUUUCAUCCCACCACCUGUUCUCCCAAGUAAUUUCACUUUGACCAUGAGAAGGUGAGGAGCAGAGAUGAGCGAAUUUCCUGUUUCCGGUUUCCGUUAUGCAGGAGAGGACUCCCCUGCAUAACGGAAACUGAACAGAUCCGUUUUGCAGCUCUAAAGGCAUUCCGUUAUGCAUUCCGUCAUAGAAUUGUGUUAUGUUUCGUGGUAACGGACUCCAUAACACAAUUCAUCUUUUACCAGUAAACGAAGAGUGAACAAAUUUUAAAAUAUGAAAUUCGCUCAUCUCUAGUGAGGAGCUGAGAAAGUCCCUUCUUUGAGCUAUCACAAUAACCGUCUAGGAGGGAAGAUGGAACAAUGUAUUAUGCAAGUACGGGGAAAUGUCUUUUUAAUUAAUGACUUGUAUAUUCAUUAUUUGUUGUACGAUUUUUCAGUAAAAUAAAUUGCACCUUUUUUCUAA